AUGACUUUAAAGGAAAGUGCAGUAGUCGUUCCUGAACGUGACAAUCCUGAAAGUUCACAACCGGCGCAGACUUCCCUUCGGACAGUGACAAAUUUACGUUUUCAACCUGAACCAUUUGUAAAUGUGCCUCCAAAUGCAGGUGUUAAUAUUGGCAAUAAUGCUGCCAAGCCUGCUGUUUGUAUGCCAAUUCAUGAUGAGAACUUAGAAAAGCGUUAUCGAGAAUUGGUCAAUGCUAAUGCCCAAUUAUCCAAAGAAGUGGACAAUUUUCGUAUAAUGACAAUUAAAUUGAAGGAAGAAAAUGACCGUUUAAAGUACGAAAUUGAUAGAAUAAGAAAUACACGUGGAACACAUCUAAAAAUGGGUAUUCUUUUAAUUUAA